AGUUUUUGAAAAUAGAAUUAUCAAACAACUUUUUUGUUCUUCUUUUACUUUCUUAAAAAACUUUUUUUAAAAUUGAUUUAUAAAAGACUUUUUUAAAACUAAAAACAAAAACCCAGUCAAACAAAGCCUAAAAUUGUGUUUUCCCAUUUCUUUUUCUCAAAUUUAUAGAUUUGUUUCCUAAUAAAUAAUCAUAAAGAAAUUCCUCAAGAAUUUCGUAAAGAAAAGCUCGAAGAAAAAAAAAAAAAAGAGAAACCGGGGUAUGAAACGACGUGUCGUUUGCUGCUGUAAGAUGCAGCAUAUGAUUGUUCCCGCUCCCACCCAACCCAAUAUCAAUCCAAUCCAUCAAUCGGUAGUUCAGUAGUUCCCGCCUCUUUCCGCCGUCGUGAAGGGAUCAAAACCAUUUUGUCAUUCAUUUAUCUAAAAAAUGACCAGUUCUGGCGACAGUUCCCCCGAUUGGUUGCGUUCAUUUAAGCCGCCCACUCCUAUUUCGCCAUUGAGACUGUCCUCUGAUUCGGAGUCUUCACAUGAUAGUGCUAGUUUUUCUGAUGAGUAUAACAUUGAUGAUGAAGAGUCGUCUCCUAAGUCACCAAAGACUCCAAAGGUCAGCAAAAACAAGAGUACUGCUGUUGGUGGGAGUAGUGUUAAGUCUUCGACUAAAAAGACGUUAGAAGAAAAAAGUCUUGAAAUGGAAGAUGAAAUACCAUCCACAAAAAAGAAAUUGUACACGCGGAAGGCGAAAACUGGAAAGAAAGAGGAAGAGAAGAUCAAGCUGGAGUCGGACGAUGAAAAGGAAACAGAGCAUAAAGGGACCAUUCAUUCAUUGUGGACACUUUCAUCAGAUUCUGAGUCAUAUCACGAUCGUAUCCCAAAAACUGAAGAUCAUAUCGAUCAGGUGGAAAUUUCUAAGCCCCAAAUAUCUCAAACCCCUGGUAAAGUAGAAUAUAUGGAUGGACUUCUCCAUGACCAUAAUGGAAAGUCUCCAUCCAAAAAGGCUACAAAAGAGAAGUCAUCACAAAAACAAAUAGAUGUAGAAGAAGGUAGCACACCAGUAAAAGGGAAGAAAACAAAGGGCAGUGUAAAAGGGACAGUAUCUGGAAAAGAGACGGAUGGUAAUGGAGAUGUAAAAGAUGAAGAGGAAGAAACUUUUGAAAAGCCUAUUCAACAAAAUGUUUCCUCAUCAAUGUUGCCUUUGAUGCUAUCUGAGAAAGUUCAUCGUACAAAGGCUCUUAUUGAGUGUCAAGGUGACUCCAUAGAUCUGAGUGGUGAUAUGGGAGCUGUAGGGAGGGUUAUUGUCUCAGAUUCCCCAUCCGGGGAUCAAGAAAUGUGCUUAGAUUUGAAAGGAACAAUAUACAAAACAUCAAUAGUUCCUUGCCAGACGUUUUGCGUUGUUAGCUUUGGGCAGUCAGAGGCAAAGAUAGAGGCCAUCAUGAAUGACUACAUACAGCUGAAUCCACCGUGUAAUGUUUAUGAAGCUGAAACUAUGGUUGAAGGGACAUUGGAUGGUUUCUCCUUUGAUUCUGAUGAGGAAGCUGCCAAGAUGCAGAAAACCACCCACCCAACUGAUCAAAACGAGCACACUGAGGAACAGACACAUGGUAAAUCCAAACGGAAGGCAGACAAAACAUCCGGUGCUGAAAAGAAAAGAGGUAGAAGUACUGGCGGAAAAUCACAGUCAAAGAUAUCAAAGAAAAAAGCUCCAAGCUCCAAGAGGGCAAAGCCAAAGACUAAGAAAUGAGUCAAAGAAGCAUUCUAUAUUUUCAGGGAUGGUGAAUCCGUAAUAUUAUAUCACUGGAUCAUUUGUUAUUAGAGUUCUUACCAAACCCCGAGCAGGAGAUUUUAAUGCACAUUGUCUGCGGAAGGAGUUAUCAUCAAUUCCUUCUAAUUAUGUUCCUCCUUAUCAGGCCUGUUUCAGUAUAUUCAUUGUGAUUUCAUUUUUACUGAAUGUUAUUUCAAUUUGUUUGUUACUUGUCAAAAAAAUAGUUUUUUUUAUUUCUUAUCCUUUCUUUGAAUUUAUCUGCAUUAGCUGGCUACUAUUAUCCAGAAGGGCUUCGUUGCUCAUUCAUUUUCUGCGGAACAUGUAGAUACUUUAGAGUGAGAUAAUGAAUUUUAGUGUUUGUAGUUUGUACUGUACAUUGCAAAUGGCCGGUUGUUUCCUUUCGAACUAUUAUUUUCUGAAUCCCUUGUUUCCACAGGGUUCUCAA